AUGUUUGAGGCAUGGAAUAGAACGGAAAGGACGGUAGCUGUAGUGGGGCAUAGGAGGUGGGUUGAUAAGGCGGGAAGGGAUAUCGUUAGGAUAGACAGACUAGGGAAGACAUUUUUGAGCCACNCGCUGCUCACACACAUGCCUGCUCGAUUACCGGCUGUACCUGGUUAGUGCGUGCGUCGAGCGAAAGGGGCCGUUCUUGCUACGGUUACGAUGGCAUGAGUAGGGAACUUGUGACGGUUAUGAGUUUGCCUUCUCUCCACAAUACGUCCGAGGGGCCAUGUCAUCUUGCAGAAUGCGCUCGUCCAUGUUGGGGCGGCAUAUAUAGUAAGCAGUGGUGAGGGCAAGUAGGGAACGAUCUGUGAUGUUCUAUUGUUUCCCGUCAACUUCACGUCUUAGGACCAACCCCACGACUAGAAAUCUUUGUACACACGGUGGGCCACGCGAUCUGUAUCAUCUUUUGUCGCGAAGCAUGC